AUGUCUCGCAAGCUGUUCUUCUUCUUCUCCUCUCCCUCUUUUCCUGUUCUUCAUCUUCUGUCUCCAUCCAUAUCAAACUUCAUCAAGACGAUAGUAAAGACGGCGCAUCAUCUCAAGAAACUGCUGGCCCCUGGACGGUUCACAUCUACAUCAUCCACCCCAUCAACCAUGCCUCUAGUUGUGCCGAAUCUGUCAGAAGAUGACAAGGCUGCCUGGGCGGCCAAGCUGAUGGGCAAGAAGAUUACAGAGUCCGAGUCGAACGAGACUUGUUUUGCAAAGAAGGACCUUCCAGAGGGACACCGAGUUCUCAAGCCGGGUGACAUGUCUACAAUGGACUUCAAACCAGAGAGAAUGAACGUCUACGUCGACGAGAACGGAACCGUCAUGGACGUCAAGCAUGGCUGA